AUGAUCGAGGCAGUGAAUGCACCUUAUCUUGAUGCUCCGUACAGCGGGUCAGAAUGGGAUGCAUCUGUUCUGCACGAGGCACCGUCAAGUACCGUGAAGUUAUCCCGCGUCGCCGAGUCGGUGUUCAACAUCGAAGGAAAGGUGAUUGAUAUCAAGGAGUUCACAGAUUACCAGCACCCUGGGAUGAGCCUCGCUGCGACUGUUCUCACCAAGGCUACCCAGUUCUGGAUCAAGGAAGGCACUGCCAAUAAGGAUUAUAGUCAGAUUGACUUGUCGAAGUUGCGGCCGGGUUGGUCAACUUGGGGGCGUCUCUUAUGGUCGGAUUGGGCCAACGUUGGAGCAACCGCGCAAGACAUGGAGUGA